AUGACCAGUUCCGAGUCCUUCACAAGUUCAUCUGCUUCACAGCUCUCCGAAUCAUCAGAUAUCGACUGUGCCAGACCAUGGACUCCCAUCACCCCGUCUGACAACAUCCACCCACAAUCACUGCUCGAGAACCACACAAUAGCUUCAUCAACAACCACCACGCCCACCACGACUACAUGUUCGUUGGUAUCACGUUACAAUCCUGUAGAACCCUUUGUUGCUUGUCUUUCGCCUCCGCAAACACCCAUAAACGCCAGAGCCGCACUAACUCAUUCACUACCUGUCGAACUGCCUGGUUCACUCCUCCUUGCUAGUCAAGGUUUCCCUCAAACAGAUCCCAUCUCACCUCCUCCCUCGCUUCACCGUCGAGAUACUGAGGAGUCCAGCCUGAGUUCUCUCCCUGCUCUUUCAAUCUCCCCUACCACACAUGAAGACGACAUGGACAGUCUUCGACACCUGACAUACCCAUUAAGGAGAAACGGCCGAGGCGUUGGUACGGGAGACAUGCCUACCUAUGUCAUCCGCGGCCAGCCGCUUCCAGAUCCUCUACCAAAGAUCACAAAGCCUUUAACGGCCAUGAAUCUUGAGGAACUGUUGGAAUGUCUCCCCAAACUGGACACCACGACUGUCUCUGACUUGUGGCUGCCUGCCGUGCGCGUCCACUUGCAGGAGGUGACUUCCCUUUUUCACGACGCGUGUCAAAUCAAGCUCGACACUUUAGAAAAAGAAGCCAUCUCACACGAUGACUUGAUUGCCCUUGCCGAGGAUGUCCGCAUCAUCACAGACACUUACCACAAAACAAUCCAAUCCGCAGAAUCACUCAUGGAACGAGACAUCGCUGCACGUUCUGACCGCCUCCAAGACCUGGAAGUGCAAGUCCAAGAAGUGUCUGAGAAGCUAGAGUGCAAGGACGAUAAAAUUUCCAAUCAAGAUCUGAAGAUCAGACAACUCCGCCAGACCAUCCUCGAGAUCGUUCGUAUCUUGGGAGCUUACAUGGAGGCCAACAUUCCGGACUUUGCUGAAUUGGCCCACGAUCCUGAAGCUCAGGAUGUCUUUCGUAUCUUCUGUGAUUAUACUCGCGAUCGAGACAGUGCUUUACUUCGAUUUGUUCGCAUUCCUGAGGUCACAGUCGACAGAUAUGUGGCAGAUAUCAAAGAACACAAGUCCCUGAUGUCCGAGUAUCGACACAUCCUACAAGCUCAGAGCGAGGCCAUGCAACGUCAAUCUGCUGACCUCGAUGCCAAUGUCGACAGAUAUGCAAGUCUGGUCCAGCGAAUGAAGGAACGUGACCAUGAAAUCCUCCUCCUAGUCGAGAAAAACGAAGAGGUUGCACAAAGUCUUAAUGCUUGCGAGGCUGCACUGGCCCAGUCUGAAGAUGAAAAAAAGAAACUCGCCCAGCAGUAUCAAGAACUUAAGGGGAAAAUGAAGAGCUUGGAACUUGCACAUACCCUGGACAUUGACCAACGCGACGGACAAAUUGCAGAGUUGCGACAGAAACUGGGCAGUGCUCGUGAAGAAGUCCUUGCACGACGGGCUGAUGUUAGAAACAUUAUGUCUCAAACUCAAAAGGAUGAGCCUUCUCCCUUGGAGAUGCCUCCUUCAUCAAUCAAACAUAGCAGCGCGUCUAAAGCUCUGAGAUUCCUGGGGAUGGGACACGACAGAGACAAGUUCAGAAAGCAAGGACUGCCUGGAAGUCGCAGUAUGAUCGGUCUUUCUCCCACGAGUACCGAGUUUGCAUCAUCUCCAUUGGACUCGAGAUAUUCCUCAAAAGAGGUUGCCCCAGUCAUUAGCAGGCCCUUCCUGCAACGAACCUCUAGUCAUGACACUGGACGCCAUGCACCGCGUGCUGCAGAGUUGUCUGUUGAUGGUCCUGGUGAGGUCAGUCUCCCAAGUCACUUGAUCCUUCAACCGAGAGGCACCUCACUAGGUGCCACAGAACGUUUCCCGGCCCUCCGAUCUCCGGUAGAUGUUGACAAGACUCUUCCGGCUCCUCCUCAGCGCAGUCUUCCAAAAUCAACUUCUUUCGCUCGACUUACCGAUCCCGCCAAUGCAGUCUACAGUCCUAUGGCUGAUGAAAUUGCCUCCAACUACGAAAGUGGCAUUUAUGGCCAAGCUGGACCGCGCCGAGUUCUCAGUCGAAUUGCCGAGGUAUCUGUCCAGGGAUCAUCAGAAGCUGGUGACAAUCAUGUCAGAGAUGAUGCGCGAGAGUACGAUUAUUGUGAUGCGGAAGAUGCUGACAGCGUGGCGAGUAGUGAUCGUGAAGUCUAUCGGAAGAGUAUUCACGUCCUCGAUCUAUUGAAUUCUUCACGAUUACCGUACAGCGACACAGAGAAUGACUUUCAAGAUCCACACCGUCAGGAGAGAUAUUUGCAGCCUGGAACGGCCAACAUUUCCACAGACAGUCAGCAUCCAGAUAUUGAGAACGGUAUGGCUCGCACCAUGCAACUACGCCCUCAAGCCAGACAUGACAAUUUGCGAUCAUCAUUGGAACCGGUCGGUGGUGAGGGGUAUUUUGACCGACAACGAGCCUCGACUUUAGGGGUCACGACGGCAAGAGACAGUGUUGUAUCUGUUUCUGGCUAUCGCUCAUCAGAUUCCGAUAUUGAACCAAAGACUGUGGCGCAGCUGUAUCAUCAGAAACCGCGACACAUCCGCACUUGA